AUUCUUAGUCGAGUACUCAAAUCAUCGAUAAUUACUGCACCCUCGCACAUUCUUUAUUAGAAUAAAGAAGGGGUGAAACGCGCGUGUUUCUAUUUUCUAGAGAUUUAAACUCUUUUAGGGAUUCCCGACGUUCCCUCCGAUAUAUUACCUUGCCGUUUCCUCCCUCUCCUCUUCUUUGUAUUCGCAAAGCAACUUGGUCCCCACCCUUCGUUAACCGGCUGCUCCCACCCGCGGGGCGACUUCCACGCAAUAUACCGAUCUCGUGGCAUCCACGGAGGGAAGUUGACGUGAAAAAGAGGACGAAAGAUCAGUGCGACACCGCGCUCGUCCGAGAGGUGAACCCUUGCGAGUUGUCGCAACGUUACAUAGACGCACCGUGUACGCAAAUAUAUAAUCACACGCUAUAAUUUUCCUCAUUCAUUCGUGUGAACACGUACACGUGCGUGGAUACUUACACGCGGGAAUAUAUAUAUAUAUAUAUAUUGAGCGCCAGACUCCCCCCCAUUAGUAGCGGGCUCGACGGUGAAUUUCGAAGCGGAUCCGCGUUUUUGCCGUCAGCGUUCUUACUCAUCUCGACGCCGGACGCCGCACGGAGCAGAAGGAAUCGUAUAUACAAAGUAUAUACAGCUAUAAAACACAACACACACACACAUAUAUAUAUACGUCUGUUGCAUAUCGAAACUAGACAGUCUUCUGAGACCAGAGCGAGAUCGGCGCGCUAAUACAAAUUCAAGAAUGUCACAUAAUACGAAGAGUCUCGGAGUACCGGUGCACGGCGGACGAAUUCAGAGAACGCCAAUGCGCCCGAUGAUAGCGGAAUACGAGCCGAAGAAGCAGGGGGUGAAAACAGAACUCUCAGACGUGGUGCUUGUCAAAUACAAGUGCGAGAAAAAUGACGUGCCCAUUACGGUCACGAAUGGCUCGACCUUGCCGCUCGUGGAGCGACCGACCGACGAGGAGGCCGCCCUUUAUGAUCCAUUCGAGCAUCGCAAACUCGCCCAUCCCACGUCGGACCUCGACACCCUGAUACAUCUACUGAAGGGGAGUUUGGGCACGGGUAUACUCGCAAUGCCGAUGGCCUUCCGUAACGCCGGACUUGCCUUCGGCCUCUUCGCCACCUUCUUCAUCGGUGCAGUCUGCACCUACUGCGUCCAUAUCUUGGUGAAAUCCGCCCAUCUCCUGUGCAGGCGGCUGCAGACACCUAGUCUGGGCUUCGCCGAUGUGGCCGAAGCAGCCUUCCUAGUGGGGCCCGAACCCGUUCAGAAAUACGCCAGACUUGCCAAGGCGACAAUUAAUUCGUUCUUGGUGAUCGAUCUGGUUGGUUGCUGCUGCGUGUACAUCGUCUUUAUUUCGACUAAUCUCAAGGAGGUCGUGGACUAUUAUACGGCAACCGAUAAGGAUCUGCGAGUGUACAUGGCUGCGUUGCUGCCAUUACUCAUCAUCUUCUCACUUGUGAGGAAUCUCAAGUAUCUCGCGCCGUUCUCAAUGGUGGCAAAUGUAUUAAUCGCCACCGGUAUGGGUAUCACCUUCUAUUAUAUUUUCAACGAUCUGCCUUCUAUCAGCGAUGUACCAAAUUUCUCUAGUUGGUCUCAGCUGCCCCUUUUCUUCGGUACUGCCAUUUUUGCCCUCGAGGGCAUCGGUGUUGUAAUGCCCUUGGAGAACAAUAUGAAAACGCCAUCGCAUUUCGUCGGUUGUCCGGGUGUCCUCAACACCGGCAUGUUCUUCGUCGUAUUGUUGUACAGUACCGUCGGUUUCUUCGGGUUCUGGAAGUAUGGCGAGAACACAAAGGCCUCCAUUACGCUCAAUCCUCCGCAAGAUCAGGUGCUAGCACAAUCCGCCAAGGUAAUGAUUGCCAUUGCGAUCUUCCUCACUUACGGACUUCAGUUCUACGUGCCCAUGGAGAUUAUUUGGAAGAACGCGAAGCAGUAUUUCGGUUCCCGGCGAUUGCUUGGCGAAUAUUUCCUCCGCAUCCUUUUGGUGAUUUUUACCGUCUGCGUGGCGAUCGCGAUUCCCAAUUUGGGUCCGUUCAUCUCCCUUGUCGGGGCUGUAUGCCUGUCUACGUUGGGUCUCAUGUUCCCGUCGGUGAUCGAGCUGGUAACCGUUUGGGAACAGGAGAACGGUCUUGGCAAGUGGAAUUGGCGGCUGUGGAAGAAUAUCGCCAUCAUCUCUUUUGGCGUGUUGGGCUUCCUCACCGGCACGUAUGUCAGUAUCGAAGAGAUCCUGGAAGGCAAAUGAGGCGCUGGAUCCGGCGCGAGGAGCGGCUCACGAAGGCUGCUUGCGAAUACUGCUCGUCGUCCGACGUUCGUCGGAUGGCGAGUAACAGAUAUGACAGCGUGCCGGACGUCUUUCGCGCGGAUGACGCAAUGCUGUCAGCAGACAGGCCACCGGGUCCGAGACAGGGACUUCUCCUGACUCCCUAUUCCCGCGUCCUUCCUGUCGGUAGCACGAUAACUGUGACAAUAAUAACGAUGACGACGACAAUGACGAAUGAUGAUAAAGACAUUCGUAAAAGUCUUCGCGCGUGAUAGAACUUUCAUUUAUCAUUUUCUUAGCAGUAGUCAAUUGUUAGUAUUACACGCGUCGUGCACGAUUGACGAAGCGCGAAGUGUACGGUCGAUCGGAAUAAAAAUGAUUUCAUACCGCGCGCACUCGAUAACUUAUAUCAUUGUUCUCGCACAAGAAUCACGCAGGAUCAGCAUUACUUAGCAAGAUAGAGUCGUAUUAUAGAUUGGCGCAAAAGUUAUUUCAUAAGUGACGUUAACAUACCUAUAUUAGUUUCGAGACAAAGGUAAUUUUAUUAAUUGUAACAAUCAUACUUUAAUAUACUUUUCUCUUCUGAAAGUAUAUUUUUCAA